AUAUAAACACAUCAUGUCAAUUUUCUAAUAUUUCAUAAUAUGGAUACUUCUGACGCGCCAUUCGGCAGUUCCGAUCAUGCGGCGAUGGAUGAAGAAGGUAUCGUGCCGAGGCUUAGUGCCGAAGACCUGGAACGCUUAUCGGCAUAUUGCGGCCCUGAGGUGUACUCUAUGGUAGAAGAUGAAAUGCGGCUUAAGAUUAUAGAGCGCAAUAAUGCCAUGAGAGAAGCAAUAAAGGACCCGGCGAAAAACAAAAAAACAAGCAGAUCGACAAUCGGAAAGACUGAGGAAUUUAUAAAGGUCAAAAGGACUAUCCAUAAACAUGACGGCCCAGUAACAUCGCAUAUAGAGAACAAAGAAAAGUGCCUGCGUGACAUAUUGGGAUUAGGCCAGUUUUACAAGGCCGCUAAACAAGCAAGGGUUCCAUUUAAAGUCAUGCUAGAUGUAGAGCUUAUUAAAAUGUUAGAAUGGCUCGCUCCAAGUGAAGAGGAACGUGCUGCCAAGGAAACUGUACUGCUUCAGCUGGAAAUGGUGGUUACAGCUUUAUUUCCGAAGGCACAAAUGCACGUAUUCGGUUCUUAUGUAACUGGACUCUCGUUGCCAGGAGGUGACAUUGAUGUAUGUAUUAAAUCUGAAGGCGAUGAUAUAGCCAUGCUACGUCUUUUAGCAUAUGCAUUGAGCAGACUCGGUCUGUUGCAUUCCUUUGAGUGUGUUUUCAACACCGGGGUGCCUGUAAUUAAAGCUAUAAAUAGAAACACAGGCGUCAAACUAGAUAUAUCCAUUUGGCAAGCUGAAGCCAUCAAUACAACUAAUUUUGUGAAGGCUAAGUGCAAGCAAUAUAAGUACCUACAGCCUCUUGUAUUGCUGAUCAAACUGUUCCUUCAGCUAAGGAAUCUAAAUGAUACAUACAUUGGGGGCAUAGGAUCAUACCUUCUUUACUGUAUGGUUCUCAGUUUUCUACAACUUCACGAUGCCACUUGCCGUAAAAACGUUGACUCUCACAAUACACUUGCCAAUAUGUUCAUUGACUUCUUUUACUACUGGGGGUUUAUUAGGGAUUAUGACCAAUUCGUGACCACGGUAAGGGGUUUUGGUCAUGUAUAUCCAAGGACCCUUUUCAAGACAUCAACUCAAUCAGCCAUGUUGGCCUGCGAAAGUCCUCUAGACCCCUCCAUAGAUAUUGGUAGGCACGCAUUCAACAUGAGAUGUGCGUGCUCGGCGUUUCAGCAAGCAUUUUUUAUCCUCAGGGACAAGGAAACAGUCUUGGAUUCACGCCAUAGAGACGAUUUCAGAUUUGAACGAAGUAACGAAAGCAUACUUGAGGCUCUAUACGACACUUCCCACCCGGUAUUUCAGCAUCGCGUGCAAAGUGUCGAUCAAUUGCCUCUGUCAUGCAGAUUUCAAUACCAAAAUUAUCCGAACUCUAAAGACUCGCUAAUUGAUGCUUGUAAGCAACUGAUAGAGGUAACUGAACGGAACCAGGAAGGUGGUGUAUUCAACCCACAGAAAAAUCUCAUGGAGGUCAUAUCGCAAAAGGAGGAGGAGUCACCGAGUGACAGUACACUAAAAGACGUGCCAUUCUCCAUUAUUUCAGAAGCUAUCACCAAUGAAUUCUAUAGCAACGACUGAUAGCACUAAUAUAACAUUAUUCAGUA